AAGGGCUUCCCCAUAAUGGGCGUUGCCCCGAAAUCCAGGGAGGGAACCGCCAGACCGGCUCCUGGGUUUCCCGCCGCCUUCGGGGAACUUCUCGACGCUCAGAAACAAAGCGGCGUGGAGCAGCUGGCCGGAGCCGAGACGCACUUCCACACUUGCGGCCUGUGCGUCCCUGCGCGGGCCCGGCCUGGCUUCCUGCCGCCGGCCGCCUCCUUCCCCCAGCUCGCCUCCGCCCCGGUGCCACUUAAGUCCCCGCGGGGCCCGGCGCGCGGCCGAGGCUGCGGCGGGCACGCGCGCUUCCACGCCGGGUCCUUGGCCAAUCAGCGCGGAGCCCGAGGCGCCGCCGCUGUGGCCGCCGCCGCCGCCGCGCGCGAGCCGAAGCCCGGGCGGCUCCUCUCGCGGAGAGCCGAACCGGACCGAGCCGAGCCGAGCCGAGCCGAGCCGGGGGCGCAGAGCGCGGGAGGCGGCGGCGGCGGCGCGGAGCCCAGGCAUCUGUGCUGCCCAUGGAAGUGCUCCGGCCUGUCGGAUGAAGUUGGUACACACACCAUGUCAUCAUGUGUCUCUAGCCAGCCUACCAGCGACCAGGCAGCCCCUCAGGAUGAGCUGGGAAGUGGGCGUGGCAGCCGGGAAAACCAGAAGCCCUGCGAGGCCCUGCGAGGACUCUCAUCCUUAAGCAUCCACUUGGGCAUGGAAUCAUUUAUUGUGGUCACCGAAUGUGAGCCAGGCCAGGGAGUGGACCUUAGCCUGGCCCAGGACCAGCCUCUGGAGGCCGAUGACCAGGAACUUCCCCUUGAUGCCUCAGAAUCUGAGGCACGGCCCACACUUUCUGGUCGCAAGAUGUCUCUGCAGGAGAGAUCCCAGGGUGGGCCAGCAUCUGGCAGCAGCCUGGACAUGAAUGGACGCUGCAUCUGCCCAUCCCUGUCCUACUCCCCACCCAGCUCCCCACAGUCCUCCCCCCGGAUGCCCCGGCGGCCCACAGUGGAGUCGCACCAUGUCUCCAUCACAGGUUUGCAGGACUGUGUGCAGCUGAAUCAGUACACAUUGAAGGAUGAAAUUGGAAAGGGCUCCUAUGGUGUGGUCAAGCUGGCCUACAACGAAAAUGACAAUACUUACUAUGCGAUGAAAGUGCUGUCCAAAAAGAAGCUGAUCCGACAGGCUGGUUUUCCACGUCGUCCCCCACCCCGAGGGACUCGCCCAGCUCCAGGGGGCUGCAUCCAGCCCAGAGGCCCCAUCGAGCAGGUGUACCAGGAAAUCGCCAUCCUCAAGAAGCUGGACCACCCCAAUGUGGUGAAGCUGGUGGAGGUCCUGGAUGACCCCAAUGAGGACCACCUGUACAUGGUGUUUGAACUGGUCAACCAAGGGCCUGUGAUGGAAGUACCCACCCUAAAGCCACUUUCUGAAGACCAGGCCCGAUUCUACUUCCAGGAUCUGAUCAAAGGCAUUGAGUACUUACACUACCAGAAGAUCAUCCACCGGGACAUCAAACCAUCCAACCUCCUGGUGGGAGAAGAUGGGCAUAUCAAGAUAGCCGACUUCGGUGUGAGCAAUGAGUUCAAGGGCAGCGAUGCCUUGCUCUCUAACACUGUGGGCACACCUGCCUUCAUGGCACCUGAGUCACUCUCAGAGACCCGCAAGAUCUUCUCUGGGAAGGCCUUGGAUGUUUGGGCCAUGGGUGUGACACUGUACUGCUUUGUCUUUGGCCAGUGCCCUUUCAUGGAUGAGCGAAUCAUGUGUUUGCACAGUAAGAUCAAGAGCCAGGCCCUGGAGUUUCCAGACCAGCCUGAUAUAGCCGAAGACUUGAAAGAUCUGAUCACCCGAAUGCUGGACAAAAACCCAGAGUCCAGGAUUGUGGUGCCCGAAAUCAAGCUGCACCCUUGGGUCACGAGGCACGGGGCCGAGCCAUUGCCAUCGGAGGACGAGAACUGCACACUGGUCGAGGUGACUGAAGAGGAGGUCGAGAACUCAGUCAAACACAUUCCCAGCCUGGCGACUGUGAUCCUAGUGAAGACCAUGAUUCGGAAGCGCUCUUUUGGGAACCCAUUUGAAGGCAGCCGGCGGGAGGAACGUUCCUUGUCAGCACCCGGAAACCUGCUCACCAAAAAGCCAACCAGGGAAUGGGAGCCCUUGUCUGAGCCCAAGGAAACAAGGCAGCGAAGACAGCCUCCGGGGCCCCGAGCCAGCCCCUGUGGGGGAGGAGGAAGUGCUCUUGUGAAAGGCGGUCCCUGCGUGCAAAGUUGGGGAGCUCCGGCCCCCGGCUCCCCACCACGCAUGCCUCCACCACAGCCUGAGGAGGCAAUGGAACCGGAGUAACUGCCUGGACCACCCGACCUCGCAUGCCUGGCUGUAUGGCCCUGCACGGGGCUGCUGCACCCUGCCCUGCGUUUCCAUAGCAGCAUGUCCUACGGAAACCAAGCACGUGUGUAGAGCCUUGACGGUCAUCUCUGGUUAUCUGCGGUUUUGGUGUGUGUGUAUGUGGUUUUUCUUUUUUCUUUUCGUUUGUUGUCUAAGGGGACAAAGGAAAAAAAAAAAAAAAAAGGACUUGACUCCAUGACGUCGACUUUGGCUGCUGGCUGGCCGGACCGGCGGGUGUGAGGAGUUGCAAACCAAGACCAACAUGCAUUUUGGGACAAUUGCUUUUUAAAACAUUUUUAUGCCAAAAAACAACAAAACAAAACACCAUCAUUCUGAAUUCAGAACCAUGUCAGAUGUACCAAGUGAAUGUGUGUGGGACUUCAGCAGUGUGGAGAAUCAAGUCGGGAAAUUCCUGCUGGCUGGAGCUACACUUGAGAGGGAGUGGCAAGUUCAGUAUGACCCAUAUAAACCUGAAGCUGGGACACCUUCCAGAAUCACGGAAGAACAGGGCUAGCCCUCAGUGGUUGCAGGGAACUUGGAAGUAAUUUAUUUGUAAUGAGGACUUUUUUAAUGUUUUGUUUUGUUUUUUUCCCCAGUGGAUAAAAUUUUGGUCAGGAAAACUUAAAAGGGCUUGCAGUUGAAAUGCUUGAGGGGCAUUUCGCCACUGGGAAAGACAUUCAACAGUUGUGGUGGCAAAGGCUUGUCUGGAGAAAGGAACACGUUUCUUCAUGUUAACUGGGGCUGCCAUCAGCUAAGCUAAUUCUCUUUGUAAAUUGGCAAAAACUUCAGGGUGAGAGCCUCCACUUUCACAUACAUUACAUGGCUGAAGACUGGGCAGAUGUCCCUGAGUCCCUAACUAGCCUGGACUCUGGGGAAACUGAGAAGUUACAUAUUGAAGCUUCCAUCACACCAUUGUGUGUGCGUGUGCGGUGGGGACUGAGCUGAUGAAACCUGUGCCUGUAUAGUAGCAGCUUUUGCUUGUCUCUAACCUGUGCACUCUACAGACUGUAAGGCUUCUUCCUCCUGAGUGCUGACUGGUUGAUAAGCCAAUGAAACGUCACUGUCCCGAGGGCCACUUUCCUGUGGGCUGUAAGGUACUGCCACUCGGUUUAGGCACGGAUGGCUCUCCUUAGGAUCAAGGCUUUAUCGUGAUCCACACAGUGACAUCAGGGUGUCAUUGUAGAGAAAAGUGACAUUCCUCAGGGCAAAGGACCUUUUUAUUUUUAUUUCAUUUUAUUUUAUUUUUUGUUGCUAGGGGCCUAGAGAGCAAAUGUGGACCUUUUUGACUUCCAGCCAAUAUUGGAAGUUUAGUAGAGGUUUAGGUGUGAGUGUCCAAGGCCACAGAGGAAAACAUGACAUUUAAGGGGGCUUCCAGACUCCAUUUCCAGUGCUUUGGAGUGAUCUGUAAUGACUGUCUUGUCAGUAUUGGGGCUCAGAAGACUGCUUCCUGCUAGUCUCUGUCUGGUGAGCCUCCGUGCAGGGUCUUCCUUACAGAGGUGGCAGUCAGGCUGUUCCCCUCUGCCUGGUCACAUGCAGAGUCUAGGCAUCCCUGGCUUCCAUAGGCUGUUAAGCGCUUGACUGUAGUUUUGCCAGACUUCUCUUGCUGUCACAUAAGCUAAUUAGAAUUAGGGCAUAGACCCAGCAUGUGCGAGAGGGGGCCUCUCGCCUGCUUAUGUCGUUUUCCCACUUUUAGAUUUGAGGAGCAAGAACCAGUAGCUCUAGCCCUUGUGGCCACAGAUGUGGUCCUGAGGCUCAGUCCCAGUCGGUCGGCCCGGACCCUGGCAUGACCGAGAGGCCCGCCCAAGGAGGGCAGGCAUUGUGCAGAGCUCUGCAGAACUCUUCUUGUGUUUACACAGCCCUACCGGGCAAUGCCCUUUCUCCCUACCCUAGAACUUUCCAUCCAAGAUGUCUGAAGUGGAUUGCCAGUGAUCAGGCAGCACCUGGGGUUGAGAGGUCCACGUGGGCAACUUUUUUCUUAAACAACGAAACACCAAAGAAAGCUGCGGAAAGGAGCGACCCCCUCUCCCAUCCUGCCGUGGAAAGUGUAAGAGGUCCCGCCAUGACUAGAGCAUUAGAGCACAACACUGUUUCCAAAAGCGUUGCCAGCCAGGCUGCCUCUGCAGCUCUUCUGUGUGGGCAGAUGGGAUGCCCAUAGUUCCUUCCAUGCUGGUUCACCCAGGAUUAAUGGGUAGGCGAACUUGGCCCAUACCUACAGCCUUGAAGAAAGCACAAGCCCCCCCAUCUUCUGACUCCCCCAUACAUCCCACAGACUACCCGUGACCCCCAGACACCUUACAGAGCCCCUUGUUGUAACUUGGGGCUUCAGAGGUCACCUCUCUACUGGUCUGGCCUUUCCAUGGGACAGAGCUCUUAUCCCCAGACCUUCCUAGAAUCAGGGGAAAUGUCGUUACAAGUUGAGACACUGGGUUAGGCCCUUGGCCCUCGCCCUUCUUCCCGAGGGGAGGGCGUACUUUACAUUACCAAUGCAGAACCAGAGCCUCCAUUUGCUCCCAAGGUGCUAGGGGAGAGUGCUGGUUCCCUCUUCUCCAGCCUCAUGGGCCCAGCUUCGUGGGACUUUGGACUUUUCUAUUUGGUGACCGAUGCCCUCUGCUUCUGUUUUAUUGUCCCUGAUCCUCUCUACUAUGCAUUUUCCUUUUAUCAGGUGUACAGAGUUAAAUACUGUGUAUUUAUCACUUACAAGUACAUGAACUGAAAAGAUAAGCUUGCGGUUGUUUUCCCACAGGUGAUUAAGCUUCUCUGUAAACUUGAAAUAAACAGACAGCAAAAUGGUGCAAA